GAAAGAAAGAAAGAUUGACGACACGACCCGGGAGACGCCGAGCGCGCAAAGCUCCCCAGCGCAAAGUUUGCGCGCCUGGACGCAGCUACUUUUGCUCCUCUGGCUCCCCAACCGUCACUUCUCUCCCGUCCGAUUGGAGAGGGGGCUCGGAUUUAGCUGCAGAGGCACCGGCGGCGUCUUCCCCACCGUUCCCCUUUUCUCUCCCUCCGCUCUCCUGCGUCGCAUCCUCUGGGACCGACAAGCUGGAAGGAUGUCCGGGAAACUGUCAAGACGCCGGCUCUGGACACUGACGACGCCGACGCUUGCGCCCAGCUCGGUCCUGCUUCCAAAGCCUCCGCAGCCAACGCAUCUUCCUGGAUGAAGGACGCUCGAUGGGGGGAACAAGCGAGGGGGCCAAAAGGAGUUAUUUAAAGGAGUGAUUUGCUGCCUUCUCACCCCCGGUCCCAAUUUUCUGUUUUAUUUUUUUAUCUCCCCCCCCCCAACCGUACGGGGGUUGUUGCUGCUCAGCCUUUUACAAGGGACUUUUGCAAACGCGCGCGUGCGUUGGGAGAGGUGCUUGCACCUCAAAUACUUUUUUAUAUUAUUAUUGAGUGGAGGAGGUGGCUUGAGGACGAAGGGGACAGCUCAGGGGCCCUGAUGGACACAGAGGUGAGAGGGGGGAAAGGGAGGGAGGGAGGUGAAAGUGGUAGCCCGCGCAACAUUGUCGGGGGAAGAGGGAGAAAGUGGGUUCCUUGAAAUCCAGCACCUUUGCAAGAGGAUUUUGCUGCUCAUUUGUGUGUGUGCAUGAAGUGAGAAGAGUAGGGACACAACAGCAUCCCUGGUGGCGUGCAGUGACGUGGAGAGAGGUCCACCUUUUCAGGAAACGAUGGUGUAAAAAAAAAACGGAUUGCAGAGGAGGAGAGAUAUAAGUGGGAGGAAACUCCUCCUGUGCAAAAAGAGAGACUUUUUUUUCCUCUUGGGAGUGUGGAGUUCAAAAUCCUUGUAGGUGAUUCUGGUGAUGGUACCAGGGAGAGAGUGAGCCAUGCCUGUUGCUCAUCUUCUUGGCAUCUCCAUCACGCUCAACCCAUCUCCCAUGGAGACUGGUCCCUUUUGAAAAAGAAUGACUUUCCCUGACCGGAUUAAUGCCAGCUUGAAUGGGAACCAUACGGGAGAAGAAGCUGAGGGGGUCAACGGGUCCUGGGCAGGGGGGGAUGUUGACCCCGACAACAGCACCUCCUUGGCACUGAGGUUGACCUUGCAGUCGGUGGGCGUGGGGGUCUUCCUCGCCCUCUUCAUCCUCUCGGCCAUCGUGGGCAAUAUCCUGGUCAUCCUCUCGGUGGCCUGCAACCGUCAGUUGCAGACUGUGACCAACUACUUCAUCAUCAACUUGGCCAUUGCUGACCUGCUGCUCAGCACCACUGUCCUGCCCUUCUCGGCCACCUUGGAAGUUCUGGACCUGUGGAUCUUUGGCCGCAUCUUCUGUGACAUCUGGGCGGCGGUAGAUGUCCUCUGCUGUACCGCCUCCAUCAUGAGCCUGUGCAUCAUCUCUGUGGAUCGGUACAUCGGGGUCAAAUACUCGCUCAAGUACCCCACCAUUAUGACUGAGAAGAAGGCGGUCAUCAUCCUAGUGGUGGUCUGGCUCUCUUCCAUGGUCAUCUCCAUUGGGCCCCUCUUGGGCUGGAAGGAGGAGCCGCCCGAAAACGACGAAACCUGCAGCAUCACAAUGGAGCCGGGCUACGCCAUCUUCUCUUCACUCUUCUCCUUCUAUUUGCCGCUCAUGGUCAUCCUGGUGAUGUACUUCAACAUCUAUGUGGUGGCAAGGAGGACCACCAAGAGCCUGGAGGCCGGGGUCAAGAAAGAGCGUGGAAAGUCCAUGGAAGUGGUGCUCAGGAUCCACUGCCGCAGUGUCCUCGAGGACUCCCUGGCUGCCAGCACCAAGGGAAAAGGGCACACCUUCAGGAGCUCUCUCUCAGUGCGCCUCUUGAAGUUCUCCAGGGAGAAGAAAGCGGCCAAAACUCUUGCAAUCGUUGUUGGGGUUUUCAUCCUCUGCUGGCUGCCUUUCUUUUUCGUACUGUCUUUCGGUUCCUUCUUCCCUUCCCUGAAGCCCUCCGGGAUGCUCUUCAAAGUCAUCUUCUGGCUGGGCUAUUUCAACAGCUGCGUGAACCCCAUCAUCUACCCUUGCUCAAGCAAAGAGUUCAAGAGGGCUUUCACCCGUCUCCUCAAGUGCCAGUGCCGGAGGAGGAGGAGGCCCAUUUGGAGGGUCUACGACAACCACUGGCGAGGGGCCUCCAUGAACGGGUCCGGCCAAGACUCCGAGAGGGAGCCCAGGUCCAGGAUCUCCACCCUCAACGGCUCCUUCAUGUUGAACUCGGGCGGCUUGGAAAGAGCCAGCAAACGGAGGACUCUGAACUUCAAGAGGUGGAGGCUCUUUCCCCCUUUCCAGAAGCCCUCCACCCAGCUGAAGGAAAAAAUGAACAGCCUCUCGCACAAAAUCCGGGGCAGCUCCGUCAAAGGGGGCGCCGUGGCCUCAUACAAAACGGAGGUGGAGUCGGUCUCCAUCGGGAUCCCCAACGAGUUCAUGGAGUGCAUUGAGUACCAAAUGUAUGACGAUUUGACGGAUUCCGAGUCCUGCGGGCUUAAGGAGACGGAUAUUUAAUUGCCAGCAAGGACCUCUGCCCUUUGGGGUUCCGUUUUCUUUUGUCGAUGUCUCUCGCGCAGUGGUUGGCUGUCAAAAGGGGGGCAGGUAGACUCGAGUGGGUGCCCUGGGAGGCGAGUGCAGGAACCCGGGCUUUGAGUGCAAAAGGCCCCAUGCUCUGUCCCAGCAAGCCAUCUCCCAUCCAAGAAGGGUCUCAGGUAGCAAAAGCUGGGGAGCAAAGUGUCUUCUCCGCCAGAUACCUUGGAGAGCCUCUGCCUGGCCAUGUAGGCAAUGCUGAUUCAGUUGUGUCUGACUCAGGAUAAGGCAGAUUAUAAACUGUUUGAUUUGAACCCAGUUCUUUCCCUCAGCUGUCAUCAAAUGUUGAAUCUGCGAGGGGAGAAGUUGCCACCCGUUCCUUCUACUGGGGAAAGUCCACCAGAAUGAAAGAGGGUUGGCAAAUGCCCGAUGUUAAGUCCAGGUGUGGGGUGCCCCAUUUUGUACUGGUGCUCAGAAUAUUGCGGUCAAAUCUGCCAUGGAUCUGGAUGGGACCCUUCGAGGUCUACAUGGGCAGGUCUAGCUCAACGGAUUCCCGUGAGCGUUGGGGUAGUCCAUGGAAGAAGAGUUUGUCAGCGCAGGAGACAGCAAUGGGGAAUCUCUGUUUCUCUGAUAGGCAAGGGUGGUGGUCUUGGUAGGGUUGGGAAACCCUUUUUAAUCUGUGCCCCCUCCCAAAAUACUUGGUACCGGGAAAACCCCAAGUAUUUGCCUAGCAACCCCAAAAUGCAUAAAUAAAUGGCACGAGUCAA